ACAAAAGGGGGAGAGAUGCUGAACCUGGCAGCGGCAAGGGAAGGAAGAGAGAGGUGAGCUUCAGGCAGAGUGAUGGUGGAGACAGACCAAAGGAAAGCUGAGAGACCAGACUUCUGAUUUUUUCACGGGCCCUUUUUCAUCGAAGAGGGAAGAAAGAGAAGAGGAAGUAACGAUAUUUUGAACAAAAGGGCUGUUUCUAUGACUUAUCUUUAAGGAGAUCGAGGAAAGCAGAGAAACUGAGGGAGACGAAACGCUUCUUAGUUAAAGAGAAAAAAAGGGUUGACUUGAGGACCUGGUUUUAGAUUGAUGUCGUGGGAUAAAAGGCGCGAGCCAAAGACACGGACCGGAAGAAGAGCUAGGGUAAUUAAAUCCGGGCCUGGAGAGAGAGAAACAGGGGGAAAACAGUAGACAUUUGAGAGAGAGAGGGCGAGUGGCGAGCUUCCGAGAGAAGGGAGAUUGAAGCCGAGAGGAAGAUUAGAGAGUGAGAGGGGAGAGAGCUUCAUUUUUUUUUGGAGAUUCGUGAGGAAAAUUGCGGCUGCGGACGAGGUUGAGAGGGGAAAUAGAAGAGGAAAGAGCGAGAGAGCAGAGGAAGAGUUUCAGAGGGAGAGGCCGAAGAGAGAAAGGGAGGACGAGCUCGAGAAACCUGCAUUCAAGGUUUUCGGUUCUUAGGUUCACACCACAAACCUGUAAAUUCUGUUUCUGUUGGAAGUAAAUUGAUGGAUUCAGGUGAACCUCAACAGUCUGAGCAGCAGGAACCUAAACCUUCUGAUCAAGUCUGCAAUUUCUUUAGAAAGCCAUCAAAGAACAAGAACAUUAGGAAAAGAACUGUCGAUGAAGAUGAUGAUGAAGAUUCAAAAAGUGAAAGCUCUUUGCUUCAUAGUCAAAAGAAGGCACCAAAGCACGACAGCAAGCUAUAUUUUUCUACUGGACCAUCCAAGAGCUCUUCCUCAACCGACCCAGAGAUUAAUAAACCAAUCUUCCAAUUUGAGUCAUCAAAAGAAAUUCAAGUUCAACAUGAUAGCAAAGCAACAGCUACAUUGGAGACUGAGACAGAGUUUACCAAAGACUCUCGAGCCAUCCGUGAGAGAGUUCUUAAGCGAGCAGAGGAGUCUUUGAAGGGGAAGAAUAAGAGCUCUGAGGAAAAGUUGUAUACGGGAAUCCAUGGGUAUACCGAUCACAAGGCUGGAUUCAGGAGGGAACAAACAAUUUCUAGUGAGAAAGCGGGUGGUGCACAUGGGCCCCUUAGAGCUUCUGCUCACAUUAGAGUAUCAGCAAGGUUCGAUUAUCAGCCAGACAUAUGUAAGGAUUACAAAGAGACUGGAUAUUGUGGAUAUGGAGAUUCAUGUAAGUUUAUGCAUGAUCGAGGGGACUAUAAAUCUGGAUGGCAGUUAGAGAAGGAGUGGGAUGAAGCAGAGAAGGCAAGGAAGAGAAAUUUGGCUUUUGGAGGUGAUGAUGGCAAUGAAGAGGGUGCAGAACAGAGUGAUGAAGAUGAUGAUGAUGAUUCUUUGCCCUUCGCGUGUUUCAUUUGUAGGCAGCCUUUUGUGGAUCCUGUUGUGACUAAAUGCAAUCACUACUUCUGCGAGCAUUGUGCUUUGAAGCACCACGCAAAGAACAAAAAGUGCUUUGUAUGCAACAAACCUACUCUUGGCAUAUUCAACACAGCUCACGAGAUACGGAAAAGGAUGGCCGAAGAGCGAAACCGAUAAGUCAAUUGCUUCUUUACUAUCUUUUCUAAUCUCACAGACAGAAAACUUUUCUCAUUCAUUUGGAGUAGAGUUGAAGUUUUUGAGCUAAACCCAUGGUGCCCGUUUCAUAUUUAUGAUAACUUGCAUAAUGUUCAGAGGGUUGAGGGACUUGGCUACAGUCAUGAGUAGAUUAUAUUUUUUGGAAUAUGGAUUUAUCUCAUGCUGUCCUUUUUGCUUUUGUUUCCUUGUUUGUUCGUGUAAAAUGAUUUUGUUCAGUAGUAUGUUGUGCUGGCAGACACUUCCAACAGCCAUAUUGAAGUAAUAUUAGGCCCUUGGUUCAAAAUGAAAAGUUUUAUAUUUAUCUGACA